AUGUGUUGUGCUAAUAUCCUGCCGGCCUCGUUGCAGGUGUGUUUGGGAAUGGGCCUUGAUCUGGAAUUUACAGAGGAAAGCAAAAAAGCUAAACUCCAGAGCUCCAAAAUUGAACAAGAUUUGUGUGAAUGCGCCAAAAUGGAGAUGAAUGUGGUUAAAAUCCUCAUGCUCGGAGCUGCAGAGAGCGGGAAGAGCACGCUGGUCAAACAGAUCAAGAUCAUCCACAGCUGCGGCUUCUCCAAUCAGGAACUCAUUCGUUUCAAGCCUGCAGUGCUGGAUAACCUCCUGACCUCAAUGAAGUUUGUUCUGCAGGGAAUGGGCGUGCUCAGGAUUAACCUAGCCAACAAGAACAAUCAGAUGCACGCCCACGCCAUCUUGUCCUGCAGCCAGUGUCUAGGGGGUGACCAGGAGUUAAUUCCUUUCGUUGCUCAUGCUUUCUGUGCGCUUUGGGCUGACCAAGGAGUCCGAACAGCUGCUGCAAGAGGUUACGAGUUUCAGCUAAACGACUCUGCACUCUAUUUCUUCGAAAACAUGAGUCGAAUUAUUGCUCCUAAAUACGUUCCCACAGAGGCGGAUGUUCUGAGAGUGAGAGUGCGGACCAGCGGAAUCAUUGAGACGCAGUUUCAAGCUAACAAAAGGGUUUUUCGAUUGUGCGAUGUCGGUGGCCAGCGGAGCGAAAGAAGGAAGUGGCUCAGCUGCUUUGACUGUAUUCAGGCCGUGCUGUUUGUCGUGGCCCUCAGCAGCUAUGACGUGAUGUUGAAGGAUGAACCUUCUGUGAAUCAGCUGCAGGAAAGUCUCGAGCUCUUCACAUCAAUCAGCACCAACACAAUCUUUCAAAACGCCGCACUGAUUUUGCUCAUGAACAAAACUGACCUUUUUCGAGAGAAGAUCCUACACGCUGGAAGGCACUUGAGGUUUUAUCUUCCCACUUACAAAGGUGCAGACUUUGACGUGGAUGCUGCAGCCCGUCACAUCACCGCCAUGUUCCUGGCGUGCACAGACAGGCCUGACAGACCCGUGUACCACCACUUCACCACGGCGACUGACACGGACCACAUGCAGGUGGUCUUUCAGAUGGUCAUCGAGCAGAUCAUCAUGGAAAAUGUAGCAGCUGUACCACUGCUGUAAAUGUCCUGUGCAGGCUCA